CACAUCCAAAGAGCCAACCAGUCAUUCCCGGCGCCUUCCUUUGUCGUUUCAGGCCUGAAGUACUUUGCCUAUAUCUGUUCCCUGUCGCUCUCUCCCCUUAACACUCCUCAAUGAUGGUUAUUCAUCGGUCCUUUCCACUUUCACAUUUCAGUACCUGAACAGCUUCCAUUUCGAUAUUGACAUUUCACCAUGUCUCCUUCCGUCCUGAACGACGGUAAUGUCGUCGACCAAGAAAUCGACACGACCACAAACGGCAUCGACGUCAAGGCCAGCAAAUCCGCCGUUUUGCAUCGAUCGUUGCACCACGAUCCGCUCCAAGUCGUCGGCGCUCAGGGUCACUAUCUCUUCCUCAGCAACGGACAAGAAAUCUUCGAUGCGACUGGGGGUGCAGCUGUGGCCUGUCUCGGGCACGGUGACGUUCGCGUCCAGGAUGCUCUCAUCAAGCAGAUGCAAGAAGUAUCAUACUGCCACUCGCUUUUCUACGCGACUCGACCCGCAGAAGAACUGGCCAAGCUCCUUGUCGAUAGCACCGAUGGCGAAAUGGCCCGAGCAUUCUUCAUCAGUUCUGGAAGUGAAGCCAUGGAAGCAGCACUAAAGAUGGCUCGGCAAUACCAUCUCGAGAAACCUUGUCCCGAGCCGACGCGAGCUCACUUCAUCUCCCGACACCAGAGUUACCAUGGAACCACGCUCGGCGCUCUGGCCGCUGGGGGUCACGUUGCGCGAAGGGCCAUCUUUGAACCGAUCUUGAGUGUCAACACUAGCCAGGUGAGCCCUUGCUAUGCGUACAGGGGCGUCUCGUCUUGGACCAGCAAUGGUCCGAACGACACGGAUGCUGCAUUCGUCAAGCGGCUAGAGGCGGAGCUCGAUGCUGAAUUCCAGCGCAUUGGUCCCAAGAAUGUAGCUGCCUUCAUUGCUGAACCGGUCGUUGGAGCGGCACUUGGAUGCGUUCCUCCUGUUCCCGGCUACUUCAAGACUAUACGAAGAGUAUGCGACAAGUAUGGCGCGCUACUCAUUUUCGACGAAGUCAUGUCAGGCACUGGACGCUGCGGACCCGAAGCAUCCGAACGAUUCCCAAAGCCACUUCACGCAUGGCAAGACCCGCUCAUUGGCGUAGUGCCAGACAUCAUGACAAUGGGAAAAAGCUUAGGAGGCGGGUACAUGCCCAUAGCUGCGAUGAUGGCCUCUAGAGACGUUGUCGGAGCUCUACAAGAAGGCACUGGAUCUUUCAGCCACGGACAGACAUACCAAGGCCAUCCACUGGCUUGCAAAGCAGCGUUGACAGUGCAGAAAAUUAUCCAGAAAGACGAUUUGGUCGCGAAUGUGCGACGGCAGGGCGCUUUGCUCGGUCGUCUCUUAAGAGAAAGGCUUGCAUCAAACCCUCUGGUGGGUGACAUACGUGGCAAGGGCUUGUUCUGGGGAAUCGAAUUCGUCAGAAACAAGGCCAGCAAAGAGCCGUUCGAUCCCUCGACCGGCGUCGCGAUGGGAAUCCACGAGCUAGGCAUGCAAAAGCCGUACAAUAUUAGCCUGUAUCCAGGCACGGGAAGCGCCGACGGCCGCCGGGGCGAUCAUAUAAUCGUGGCGCCGGCGUACAACAUUACUGCAGAAGAGGUGCGGUUCGUCAUCGAUACGGUAGUAGCCGUCAUCAACAGGUACUUCAAGCACCACCACUCGAGCGAUUGGAUUGGAAGCAAAGUGGGCGACCGAGAAACGGGUUUGCGUAAGCCGAGACGGUGAAAGCUUUUUCCCUGAUGGGCUAGCGCGGCCUUCACCAGCUGCCAUUCCUUCAUGAUUGCAUUGCUGCAUCGGCAACGGCGCUACGACUUUAGCUGAAGAAUCUCGGCAUUGUAGACGAUUUUCAUUCCAUUCAAAUUCUCGUUGGCCUGGGGUUGACGUCCCGAAAAAGCCGUCACGUGCUGCACUGUAGGUAGAAGAAGACUUCCAUACUUAUGCAAGCACAUGCAAAGUGUAUGCUGAGCUAGUCCGCGCGUUCGUUCUGCAGCCGGCCCCUUUCGUAGGUCACUUGAAGAUAAUGUGCCGGCUCCUGAGCAACGUGGCAAGUGCGAUCGCGCUCCGGUGGUCAGAUCGCGGGCGGCUAAAUGCGGUGAAUGAGCUCUUGUGGCAGUCAGGUGUGGCUUGGCGCUGCUGAUAUGCUGCUGUAGCUAUACCACCCGCUUGGAAGGUUCCCUGCCGCGAUCAUUUCUUUUUCUUGUCUUUGACUUUCUUCUGCGGCUGUGCACCAGAGUCAUUUCCCACACCCAUUCCGGCCAUACCAGCGGCCAUGCCGGGAGGAAGCUGUCCGCCCAUUUCUGCCAUCAUAUCUUUUAAAAAGUUAUCUGAUACUCCGCCUCCCGUCAGCGCGGGAGAAUGCAGAGGGAGGAUCGUGCCGAUCUUAGAUCCCCUCGGGAUUGCAGGAGGAGGGAUCUUCUCUUUCGGCAUCGGUAUUCCUUGGAUCUGCAAGCGUUUGGGAGUGUCUUCGGUAGUGGGGUGGGAUUUGAGAUAGUCUGCAAUCAGCUUGUAGAGGUGUCGCUUGUUUGAUACCUUGGAAGUGGAGGGCUUGCCGUCUCUCUUCAGCAGCGCUUUCACUCGCCCAGGAUUCGCCCAGUCCUUGGGAUGAGUUUUGGUUGGCUCGAGUACGAUGCGAAGGUCCACACCAUAUGUGCUGGCAAUGUAAGCCAGGGCGUCCGCUAUCUCCCUCGCAAGCGGGUUCGGUACUGCGUCGUCUUUGCCGACACGGCGACCCUCCUCCCGCGACCUAGUGCUGUCGAAGUAGACUGGAUAGAUGCAUUGGUAGUUCUUGCUGCGCUCUUGCUGUUCGCGCAGCAGCCUCUCGCGUUCCUUGUCGCUCAUUUGCGGCAUAUUCGAGAUACGCGGACCGCUCGAAGCCUGUGCCUGUCCUGGCCCUCGAUCUUGCCCUUGUAGCAGCGUCUGCAUUGCUUCUGGACUCAUGUCCGCUAGCGCAUCGCUCGCGGAUGGCUGGCCGAGGGACAUGCCUUGCGGUCGAGCGAAAUCGAAAGCGUCCAGGUCCAUCUCCUCAGGAUCGUCGGCGAUCUCGUCAUCAUCCACCUCCUCGAUGCGAGGGUUGGCCAUUGUGGUUGCAAAUAUGGCGUGGCAGAGGUGUUACGAUUGCGACGGAG